AUGGCAAACACUCAUAAAUUUUUUAAACUUUUUAAUAUACUAGAUUCAUUGUCUAUUGAUAUAUUAAAAAAUGCUUUUAAAUCUGGAUCAAACCAGAUUUAUGUUGAUAAACUAUUAUUUCCAAUUAUAGAAAUUAUUGAUAGUAUAAAUAAUAGUGAAGCAUCAAUUUCAGAGAUAUUUUAUCAAAGAAUGGUAAAUGAAUCAAGAUUAUUUGAUCCAAAUAAAAUUAAAAAGAAUAGAGAAUUAUUAGAAUUUAUAAUUAAAAAAAUUGAAGAUAUUACAAUGUUAUCAAAAAAUAAAAAAAUUAAAAUAAUGGUUAUUAAAUUUUUUGAAAAACUUUUACACCAUUGGUCAAAUUAUACAAUUGAUCCAGAUUCAUCAUUAGUUGGAUUGGUUCCAACUGAUAAAUUAAUGUCAAAAUGUUUAUUGGAAACUGAAUGGUAUUUAAAUCAAUCAAAUAGUAAUAAUAGUAAUAAUAAUAGUAAUAGUAAUAAUAAUAAUAAUAAUAAUUAUGAUUGUAAUAAUAGUUUAAGUAAUAGUAGUAGUGGUAUUAAUAAUAGUAGUAGCAAUAGUAAUAAUAGUAAUAAUAAUAGUAGCGGCAGUAGUAGUAAUAAUAAAGAAUAUAAUAAUUUUUAUCAAGGUUUUAAAGAUAAUGAUAAAGAAGAAUUUGUUAAAAAGAUAAUUCAAUUAUCAUCAAUUGAAAAUUCAAAUGAAUUAAUGAUAACAAUUAGAUAUUUAGCAUCAUUGUAUAGAGGUGUUUUAGAAAGAGUUAAAAAAGGUGAUUUAAUAAUUGUAACAUUUUCAACAAUUUUAAAACAACCAAUUAAUUCAACUAAUAAUAUUGAAAUUUCAUUAGCAAAUCCAUCAAAUAUUUUAUUAUCAAAACCUCCAAAAACAACACUUUCUCAAACUCAAGCAAAAGGUUAUUUCUCAAAAACUAAAAUUAUACCAAAUAGAAUUUCAUCAUCAAGUAAACCAAUUAAAAUUAUAACAUUAGAAGAAUAUUGUAGAUUAAAUAUAAAACCAAUUGAACAAUUUGAACAAGAUAAAGAAAUUAAUAAUAAUAAAAAUAAUAAUAAAAAUAAUGAUUCAGAUGAUUCAGAUGAUUCAGAUGAUGGUUCAGAUGAUAAUGAUGAUGGAAGUUGUAUAGAUAAAAAUAAAAAAGAAAAAUUUAAAUCACCAGAUUCAUCAUUAAAAGUUUUAAAUGUAAAACAUAAUGUUUUUAAUAGGAGAGGUCAAUUUGCAAGAUAUUCAGGUGAAACAGUUGGUGAUUAUUUAAUUUGUUAUUUUUCACCAGAGGAAACUGAAGGUGUUGCAGUAUCAUUAGAGAAUAUUUUGAUAUUAGGUAGAGAAACAAUUGAUAGUAUUAAAUCAUGUUAUGCAAAUCCAAAUGAUAAGAAAAUUUUAACAGAUAUUCAUCAACCAACUAAUGAUUUUGGUUAUUUAAUUGGUCAAAAAGUUAAAGAUUAUACUGUAAAACAUUUAAAACAAAAUGAAGACAUUGAUAUGAAUUUCAUAAAAACUGAAUAUAAAAAAUAUAAUAAUAAUAAAUAUAAUCCAAAUAGGAACCACUAUAAUAACAACAACAACAACAAUAAUAAUAAUAAUUUAGAUGAAGAUGAUCAAUCAACAAAUUGUUUAAAAUCUUUAACAAAGGUAAAGAAAAUGUCAGAUACAGUAAAUAUAAUAUUAAAUAAUUAUCGUCAAAAUCAACAAGCUACUGAAUAUUCUUCAGAAUUGGCAGAGGUACCAUUGGUUUAUAAAAAUUUAGAGAGAGAAAUUAAAAAAGAGGUUGAAAUAUUUGAGAAAUCAACAAAUAUUAGAAAUUUCUUUAUACCUUAUUAUGGCGAAACAUUGUAUAAUUUUAAUAGAAAUACACCAUUGAAAAAGGCAACUAGAAAAAUUCAACAAAUUAAAUAUGAAAUUGAUUUAUUAUUUGAUAAAUUGAAUCAAGAGAAACUUCAAUAUUUAGAUGGUUCUCGUAAGGCUGACAUGUCAGAUUGGUGGUUAAAUUUACGUGAUUCAAGAUGUAAUGAAUUCUUGGAUAAAUUAGGAUACAAAUUAAAUGCAUUACCAGAUAACUAUAUUGAACAACAACCUUCAAAUAUUCAAGAUAUAAUAAAAAAUUUGAAAAUUAUUAAAACAAUUCUAAAUAGUACAUCUAGUGGUGGUGGUGGUGGUGGUGGUGGUGAAAUUGAUUCCAAAGUUGUUUCAAAAUAUUCACCACUUCCAUUAAUUAAAGAAUUGACAAAAGAAAUUUAUCCAAGAAUUCACCAAUUUAAAAAUAAUUGUCAUUUAAUAAUUUGUGAUGAAUUUAAGUUAACUUGUUAUCCUGGUAAUGAAUCUAUGAAAUUGUUUUUAAAUACUUUAAAAUAUGAAAAUAAAAUUAGUAAAGAAGUUUAUGAUCAAUAUGAACUAUUAUUAUUAGAUUUAGAUUAUUUAACUGAAAUGGAACAAUCUGAAAAUACAAAUAAAUCUUUUCAUAUUGUACCUAUUAGUGGUUUAGUAAUUGGUUUCUUUUCAAUACUAGUAAAUGAAUUAAAAACUGCAAUUGAACAAUGGUCAACUCCAAAUGAUUUUAUUCAUUUACCAAAUUCAAUUUCAACAACAAAUUUAAUUUCUGGUUUAAAUUUAAAUUCGGUUGCAAAUUCAAAUAUACCAAUACCACCACCUCUACCACCCCCACCCCCACCUCCACCACCACAUAUACCAUUAUCUCCAAAUAGUGCUAGUAGUAGUAGUAAUAAUAGUAGUGGUAGUUUUUGGUCAACAAGUAUUAAAAAACCGAUAUCAAUACCAUCAAUAUUUAUGAAUAAUAGACAAUUAAAUAGCAAUAAUAAUAAUAAUAAUAAUAAUAAUAGUAAUAAUUUAAGUGGUCAAUUAAAUUAUAAUAUGAAUUAUAGUGCAAAUACUAUUGGUAGAGCAAUGACAAAAGAUGAGAAAUCAAUUUUAAUUAAAAGUAUUUUAUCAGAGGAUUCAAGUUUUGUUGAAGAGGUUAUAACUAGUUUAAAGUAUGAAAGUGAAUCAGAAUUUCAAAAAGUAUGGCUAAAUGAACCAGAUGGUGUUACAGGCUGGGCACCAAUUCAUUUCGCUUGUUUUAUUGGUAAUUCGGAUAUAAUAAAUCAACUUUUAGAUCAACCCGGUAUUGAUAUAAAUAUAAAGAGUAAACAACGUGGUUCCGCUCUACAUUUCAUAGUAAAACAUCAAUAUACUGAAAAGAGAAAGAAUGUUAUAAACAAAAUGAUAAACAAAGGCAUAGAUAUCAAUAACUCUACAAAGAUAAGUGGUGAAACUCCACUUCAUUCUUGCUCGCUUAGAGGUAAUUUCGAAUGGCUGCAAUUCCUAUUGGAAAAAGGUGCAAAUGUAAAUGCUGUAACUCUAAAUAAUGAAACCAGUUUACAUUAUGCCAUCACUGUCAAUAGAAUUGAUAUAGUUGAUUUCUUAAUUAAAUAUGGUGCUAAAAUAGAUAUAAAAUCAAAGAAAAGAGGUACUCCAAUCCAACUUGCUGCAAACUUAAAUUUACCAAGAAUAGUUGAAUUAUUGGAAUAUCAUGCUUCAAUGAAAUCAAAAUAA